AUUUGUACCGCGCCGAAGACAACAUCUAGGCUCGACAUCAUGGCAUCGGGGGACACCACGGAGGAAUCUGCUAACAGAGACAAAUCAUACGAUGACUUGCCCAUGAUAUGGGACAACAAAAGCAUCCUGCUCACCGUCGGAUUUUUCGCCGGUGCCCUCCUAGUGGCCUGGGCUGCCUUUUCGGUCUUCACGUGGCUGGGCGGUAACAACCGCAUGAUCCUGCUGAGCCGUGAAGAGGCGGCCCGCAUGGUCCGUGAACGGGGCUGCAAGUGCCGCAAGGCGCGCUCGCCAUCAAUCUCGGGCAUUGGCGUGCCCCGGAAAGAGGAUUACCUCUGCAGCUGCCCGCCAUCGGGAAAGAUCAAGACUAAAGGAAGGAGGCUGCUCAAGAAGAAGAUCGUAUCAACGCCAACACCUGCUGGUAAGCCCGAGAAGAAGGUGCCUGCUUCCACACCAGAUGUUUCUGGCAUCAAGGAGUCCCUUUGACCAGUUGCCUUCUGACAUUUUUGCCAAGACUGUGCUUGUUAAAAGUACUUUUGACCAGACUCAUCCGUCAGAUUUUGUUUCUUGUUCUGUGUUCCUGAAUGU